UUUUUUUUUUUUAAAGAAAAACAGAGUUGCUGCUUUAGCACUCUGCAGCAACACGUAUGGGAAAAUCAAGUGUGUCCCAUUUAUGACAACUAUGAUCUUUCAACUAUUUUCUUCUUCUUCUUCUUCUGUAGAAAAAGAGAGAGAGAAAACCCCUUUACUCAAAGAUUAAACUUCAGCUCCAAAUCUUGAGCUCAUUCCUCUCCCCGCCUCUGCUUUGAAACUCUCUGUUCGAAGUCAAUGCACCGUCUCCUCAUUUUCUUUUAAGUUUUGUGCUCUGUAGCUUCACAUGGGCGUCGGAAUUCUCUGCAAAUUUUGUGUCUUUUCUUCCUUUUGCACCGAUUUCUUUUCUGGGUUUCCCGUCCGAGCAUUAGCUUGUGGAAGGAUUGUUUAUUUUUAGAAGCCAAGACCAUGGAAGUAUUGAUGAUUAGAAACUGAGGUUGGAGAAACAUGCCUCUGGACGGUGUCAAAUCAGUGGUUUAUAGAUCAUUUAUCACUUGUGAUGAUCCAAAAGGAGUGGUUGAUUGCAAUAUAUUCAAGAUAUCCAAAGUAAAUUCUAAGAAUUUGGAACGAAAGGUUAGAGGCCGUAGGAGAAGUAGAAAUCCAAAUAAGGUUUUGGUAUCUCAGGUAGAGAAAGAGGAGCUGAUCUCUAAUGAAAAAGAUGGCCAAUCUUCUCUUCCAUUCAUGGAGGUCUGUCAAGGGGCUGAGAAGUUGAACCAUAUGGUUGGUUCAUGGUCUAAUGGGAUGAGAUCUGACAGGAAAACUGAGGAGAUUGCUGAAGAAUUGUUGGAAGGAACUUCAAGUUUUAGAGAAUCUCUGAUUAUGCUGGCCAAGUUGCAAGAAACUUCGAAUGAGUCGGUUCAGUUAAAGACGACGUAUCAAAAAAGUUUUUCUUGUCAUCUUGAAGAUGAAAGUUUCCCAGUUGAGGUUCAAAGAUCAAAGCUUUCUAUACAUGGUUCUUCCAGAAAUGGACCUGAUGAGGUUAAGAAGGUGAUCAGAGACAACCUAGUGAGGCGAGAUACGAAACGAAAUGUUGCGGUUGGUGAAGAGUCUUGUUUUCAUGAUAUAAAUUUUGACUCGGGGUCGGAGAUUCCAUCGACAAGCUCGAGCAAAUCUUCAUUGAUUAGUGACAAUGUCAACUGUUGUCAUGUUUCAACUUCUGGACAGAAGAAUUUGAAACGUAAUAAUCUGAUUGCUAAGCUUAUGGGGCUUGAAGAAAUUUCAUCAAGAUCACUGCAAACUACUCCAAAGGAAGGAACUUUGAGAGAAAUACUUGAAAAAAUGCCCUUCAACAGGCUUAUAGAGAGUGACCCUGAUAAAGAGUUUAAACUUCCUGGCUCUCACUCCUACAAUCAUUAUGGUUCCAAACAAAGGUUGGAAAACGUACUACCAAUUGUGUUGAUAAAACACAAGCCUCUUCCACCUAAUGUAUUCAAGGAACACCGAGCACAUGUCUCCUCGAAUGAGGAUGUUUUCAACCAACAAGCUACGCUAAGAAGCAUGAAAAAGAAAGAACUUCAGGGUUUCGAUCGUUUUGAUUUCCAUCGAGGAAGUUUGAGUUCGGAUAAGUCGUGUAGAAGGCAAGAGGCUGAAGGGAAAAUGCCGAAGCAUAAAGAAGUAAUGAAAUUAAGAAAAGGUACUGUUGACGCUAAGAAAAAGGCUGCAGAGAAGUUGAAAAGAUGUAGUCCAAUGCCUGAUAUGCCCCAUGAGAAGGAGCCAAUUCAUAAGAAAAUUCUUACGUCAAAGAAAUUGACUACAAAAGAAAAGGUUGUGUCAAGACCACAGCAUGAAGAAAAAGUAUCAUCCACUAAUCCAAGGAAGAACAGAACUCAUAAACAACGAAGCCCCAUUCCAGAUUCUAAGCCGGGACGAGCAGUGAGACCGAUAUCUAAUGAUCGUGAUUGCCAGAAAAAGGAGGCAGCAGUGCCUGCUCGUUCAGAAGUUAAUUCAUUUACUCACAUGGUUGAAGCCAAGAAAGAUCAUGACAAUACUGAUACAAAUGAAAGUGCUAACCUUCCAAUAAAUCAAUAUUCUACCACCCUUAUGGCUUUAGCUAGUAUCGAGAAAGAAAUCGACGAGUGUGAUACAAAGAUUAUAGAAUGCUGCAAGGAGAGCCCAAACUCUCACUCGUUAUUGAGCCCCAAACUCGAGAUCAACAAGAGUAUAGACGAAGCUAUUGAUCCCAACAGUCAUACCGAAACAGAUAUCGAGAUCAACACGAGUAUAGUCGAAGAUAUUGAUCCCAACAGUCAUACCGAAACAGAUAUCGAAAGCUGCGAUCAAGGAACCAAUCUGAAAGCAUUGCUUUUGAGAAGUUCCUCAUUUCUCUUUCAUGUAGGGGAGCUUUUUGAUCUGAAUCUAAAUGGUAGAACAAUGGUGCAGGCAGCAUCUCGCUGCAAUGAUCCUGAAGAAGCCCCCAAUACGAAACCUUUUAUUGAUUGUGCUAUCGAAAUCGUCAAACGUAAAGGCCAUGACGACUUACAAGUAGCCAAUUCUUUAUUGCUAGGAGAUAGGUGCAAAACAAAGACAGAGAUCUCUGUAGAAAAACUGGUGAAGGAAGUGAGCGACGACAUCGACACUCUAACGAGUUACCAAACAAUUCAGGGUGAUAGUGUUGUUGUAGAUACUGUAUAUGCAGUGUUAAGUAGAGACCUAUGGUGCAAAGAAGUGAUGAAUGGAAUGUGGGGUUUUGGUUGGAAGAAUGGAUCUUCCAGAAGUGAAAGAGAGGAAGUUGUGAAUGACAUAGAGAAACUGAUUUUGAGUGGUCUGAUUGAGGAAUCCUUCACAUAACAACAGAAAACUGUAUCUUCUAGUUUGUAUAUACUAAAAGACUUUCAAUUACUAUACCCCUAAUCUUUACAUUUCCAAUGCAUACUCGAGGAAAAAGUUAUCACAUUAAAGCA